UCCACUCGCAUAUUCAUCUCUAGAUUUCCAUCGAAAUACUUCCACACCUGUCUUCAUUCGUUGAAUGACUGGUGCUGUGAAUGCUCGGUCCUCAGACUUAUGUCCCUAGCACAAUUGCGAGAUGGACCGCUCACUGAACGCAACACUGCCAAAGCGGCAUCGCUGACCAAGCGGGCUGCUCGCCUGCGCGCUUUGAACCAAAUUACCCAAUCCAUCACCCAGCAGUGUGGUCUUUCCCCAGCACUCAACCUCGACUAUGAUUCUCUCCCCUCUCCACCACACACCCCUUCUGAAGAUGCUCUUCUCGCUGCUGCCGACUUGACGAGAGGUCUUCGUUUCCAAGAUUCUUUGUUGCCUUGCUCCUUAGACGCAAUAGAACAGAACCCUGCAAUUCAAGCUUUGGCUAUCCGGAAUACACCUGCUUCGACUGGACUUGGAAUCACUAACGAGCAAGCCCACGAGUCGGCCUCUAUUAAUGAUUCAGACGCUAUCACAAACUCACCAGAAACUCUUGACCAUCAUGCUGCGGCGCAGUCCUCACGUGAUGCCGGGCCAGUCAAUCCUCCCGGCCGCGAAAGCCAAAGGCAUCGUCCACGUACAGUUCACCUUCCACCCAAAGAAGUCCAGGAAGAGCGCUUCCGCGAAAAGCAACUGCGUCAGGAGGCCCGCCGGAGAGAUGCUGCAGAAGUUGAGAAGCCUCAACCUGAAACCGCAUCAUCGCCAACAUCUACCAUCGGCGCUCCGUCUAUGACAACACCUCUUCCGACCGGUCCAUCGCCCCUAACCAGUACUGAUGAAGAUGUCGCAUCUUCCAGCCAGACUGUGCCCAAGCCUACCAGCUUACAGCCCUCGCCCCAAGAAGCUCUGGCCAAGGAGCAGCACGACAAGUUGUUGCAAUCACAGAAGGAAAUCGCUUACCGUGAGGCUCUGGGACACGAUGACGAUUCUCCCGAUGUUCAGUUGCGUCUCGAGCAGGAACAAGCGGCGAAGGCGACAAGGGACGCUACCAUGAACGCAAAACCGACUGAUGUGAAACUCACCGAAGCCAUCGACACGACAGUAGCUGCCCGCGACGCAGCCCGCAUUGCUGCCUCAUUUUCUCACUCGGCGUCACCUUCUGAUUCAGCAUCAGAUGCUUCCCAUAAGAAACGCGCGCCAAGACCGUCACUCGUCAACAUUAUGCCCCCGAGAGAUCCAGCACUUGCCAAUGCUGUGGUAGAAACCUCGACCGUUAUCACCGCUCCACCUGCCGCUCGUACUCAAUCAACUUCUGAACUCAACGAAUCGACUAGACCAACACUGUUUGGUUCAAAGCGCGCUCACACAACAGGGGAUGUCCUCAAAGUUAAGACUGAGCCAUCAGUCUCGAAGCGCCAACAAAGACCAGUUCAAGAGCAGCCGCAAUCGCCGAUCUCGCUAAGAUGCUCAGCAUUACUGAAAAGCGAAGGAUACAACGCUCUCAAGGGGGCGUCUGCGGAGCUUUCCAAGGACUAUCUGGAGCCACUUUAUCGUAUACAGGUCCAUGAACCGCCCAACGGAAGACCUUUGCAUGAGCUCUUGCAAAAGGCUAGCAAGGUCGUGACAACUACUGAACAGUUUGCUGGCUACCACGAGAGGCAGGAUCAACGAAUCCUGCGAAGAAUUUACCAACUUCAGAAUGCUAACCGCUGGUCUCUCAGGCAGAUGGAGCCAUGUGCGGAGCCGGCUGCACCCAAGAUCCACAUGGAUCAUCUCAUGGCUGAAAUGAAGUGGAUGAGGACCGAUUUCCGCCAAGAACGCAAAAUCAAGAGAGCGACAGCCAAGUACCUGGCAGAACAAUGUGCAGAUUGGGUCAUGGCUGAUGGCGAAACACGUCAGUCGAUGCAGAUUCGAGUCAAAUCGCUCGAAGCACUGCGUCAGGACACAGUGACACCACACUCACCUGCCGAGUCUAGCAUUGCGAAUGGUGACAGACACAGUCAAGGAGCCAAGUCUCCGCCCGGGUUGGACAAUGACAUCGAAUCUGGCCUCGAAGACUUCGACAUGCCGCUGACUCCACAGCAUGCGACAGUGGUGCCUUCUUCCUUCUUCUCCGCCAUCAACAUGGAUAAAGAAACCUUCCAUCUCCAAGACAGCGAGGCUUUGCACAAUGCUCUCGCUGAACUUCCACUCCUCAGACCCUUUGAAGAGGACAACACUCCUGUCAACUCAAUUAUUAAGCACUCUACUCCAGCUGUGUCGAAGUUCUGCACAGCGAAGAUGAUGAUUGAAGUUGGUGGACCGUCGAGAAAGAGAAGCAGAUAUGACUACUCAGAUGAGGAUGAAUCCAUGGACGAAAGCUCAUUGCCAGUGUCGAAGAGACUCCGCGCAAGCCACGACGAUUCUGGACUACAACCGGAGCAGACAGACGUGGCGCUCUUUGAACCCGAGAACAAGCUUUUGCGGAGCAGAUUGCAUCAGAACACUGCCUUCAGACCUCCUUCAGAAUUUCAGAUGCCUUCUUCCCAAUUCUACGAAUUCAGAACGGCAUCGCAAUGGACGGAGGAGGACCAACAAGCUCUGCGUCGUCUCGCCAAAGAGUAUUCGUUCAACUGGUCACUCAUUGCAGACAGUCUAUCACUACCAUCCAAGUUCAACAGUGCGACCGACAGACGUACUCCAUGGGAAUGCUUCGAGCGGUGGGUGGAGCUGGAGAGUCUCCCCAAUGAGAUGCGCAAGACACUCUAUUUCAAGACUUGGAACCAACGACUCGAAGGAGCGAAUCGCAACAAUGAAGCCAAGUACCAAGCACAGCUUGCGCAGCUUGCACAAACUCCAGGACAGCCUCCAGCUAUUAUGCGAAAGAAAACCACCCCGUUGAAGGUUGACAAACGUAGACAGAAUCGAUAUCUUCAUAUGGUGGAUGCGAUGCGCAAGUUGGCUAGGAAGAGAGAGCAGCAGGCACAUAAGCAAUCAGAAGCUCAAAAAGCGGCCCACAUGCGAAAGCAGCACGAAAACGCAGCCCCAAAGAACGGCAUCCCUACUCCUCAAGAAUUCAGUAAAUUGCGACAGGAACGGGAUGUUCAGAUUGCGGCUCGCCAGGAACGUUAUCGUGAACAAAUGCUACGGCAAGCUCAAAUGCAACGCAAUGGUCAAAUGCCUAAUCAGCAACCUCUUCCAAACGCCAAUGCCCACAACCGGCCCGGACAAACACCUCAAGGGCAGCCUGGUGCACCUCAACAAGUUAAUCAUCAAGGCUUGCCGAACGGCCAGCAUUCCAACGCUGCUGCUCAGAGUGGUGCUCAUAUCAAUACGCCGCAAAUGGGAAUGCGCGGUGCCAUACCACAAGCACAAAUGCAACCUAAUAUGCGUCCCGUUGGCAACGGACAGGCAAACGGAACUCCAGAAAGCAUGCAGCAGAGAGUGCUUGAGACACAAAAGGCCCAUCAGUUGAAGAUGGGUGCUCAACAAUAUCAGAUGGCCCCGCCGAACCGUUCCAGUCCAGGCGGUAUGCAUCCGCCCAACGGGGUGAUGGGUAGUCAGCCCGCAAUGAAUGGCAUGCAGAAUGUCCGUACUCCUGGCCAGCAAGUUCACAAUCAUCAGUCGACGUCCAACAGUAACGCUACUGGCUCUCCGCAUAUGCCUCCACCACCCACACCGUCGAGCCAAUCUCAGCAACCUCAACAACUUGCUUCCGGUAACACCAUCGCAUCAAUCAGCCAUGGACUCCAGCUACAAUUCCCUCAAGCUUCUGUGGAAAAGAUUCAGGAGAUGGCAAAUGAACGUUUGAGACAGAUCCAUUAUGGUCAGCAGCAGCAGCAGCAGCAGCAGCAGCAGCAGCAACAACAACAACAAUCUCAUCAGCAGGCGCGUCAAAGUGCUCUUAGUGCUGCCGCCGGUUCGCAUGCUGUUAAUUCAGUACCGAAUGGUCCACCUGCUUACAGCCAAAACCAAGCAGCUUUCCACCAGAACAACGGCAAUGGCAACGCGCAGCAGUACAACAAUGGGAGCAACACUCCGGGCACCCCGGCUAACCCGAAUGCUCAACAGUACGCUGCAAAUAUGCGACAACGCACUCUGGCACAGCAAAAUCAAAUACAACAUCAAAACCAAAGCACUCCCGGCCAGAACCAUAGCAGCCCACGUGUAGCGCAAGCCAAUUCAGUACCUGGCAUGGCAGCACCAAGUCCGAAUAUGACUCCUGCUCAUCCAUCGCAGAACAUACCUUCGAACAGUCGAACGCCUACACCGCAGAUGUCGAGAAUGGGCAGCGGUCAGGGUGUCGUGGCUUCCUCGGUAACGCCUCAGCCAGUGCAGCAACAACAGACACCAUCGGCAAUGCAGCAUCAGAGUCCUGUCAUGCAGCAGGCUAGUCCAAGACCAGUCUCUGCCGGUACUGCGAGGCAGUAGUACAGCCCGCAGACUCCGUUGAGACAGUAAAUCACUUGCGCUUCGCCCAUGGUAUAUAAGAUGGUUUGCUGCAGAUUUUGCUUAGAAGCAGCAAUGAGCGUGGAUGGGAGAGAACGACCUAACGGUCCUUCCAUGCGGACGUGCAUGAUAACAUGGACAUGAAACUAUACAG